AUGGAUUGGAAUGAAAUGCAUCAAAUACAGCAAAGAAUCAAGCAACUCUGGAGACAAGAAGAAAUAUACUGGAACCAACGCUCAAGGGUCAAGUGGUUGCAAUGGGGGGACAAAAACACCCACUUUUUUCAUGCAUCCACCAUCCAAAGAAGAGAGACAAACAAAAUCACUAGAAUCAAAGACACUUUUGGACAAUGGGUGGAAGGCCAAGAAAAUCUAGAAAAAGCAAUUCUGGAACUCUAUCAAGACAUCUACCAAACCUCAAAUCCCACCAACCUGAAUCUGGAUAACUGCAUGUCCCAUGUCCCUUCCAAGGUACCAGCAGAGCUUAAUGCACAACUAAUGGAGCCAUUUCACGAAGAAGAGAUCAAGGAGGCAGUAUUCCACCUUGGAAGCAUGAAAGCGCCAGGUAUUGAUGGCUUGAAUGGUCUCUUUUAUCAAAAACAAUGGAACACCAUUAAAGAGGAUGUAAUAGCUGCUGUAACAGAAUUGUUCAGCACUGGGUACCUACCAGACUCCAUCAAUGAGACUUUGGUAGUCCUAACUCCUAAAGUGCCAAACCCUGAAUCUUUGAAUCAGUAUAGGCCAAUCAGCUGUGUAAACUUCAGCUACAAGAUUAUCACUCGAAUCAUUGUCACUAGAAUGAAACCUUUCAUGGAAGAAUUGAUUACUCCUCAUCAAAGCGCCUUCGUGGGAGGGCGACAAAUCCAAGACAACCUCAUUAUUGUUCAGGAAGCUUUUCACAAACUCAAAAGAGCAGGCCCUUGCAGCAGAGAAAAUGCAGCUAUAAAGCUUGAUCUCAACAAGGCUUUUGAUAGAAUUGAAUGGGAAUUUCUUAGACGAGCACUCCUUGCUUUUGGCUUUGAAGAAGCAUGGGUCCAACUUAUUAUGAAGCUUGUUCGGGGGGUCUCUUACAGAUUUAAAUUGAAUGGAGUCAUAGGAGAAAAAUUAAUCCCACAAAGAGGAAUAAGGCAAGGAGAUCCUCUAUCUCCUUACCUCUUCAUCAUAUGCAUGGACGUUUUAUCCCACAUGCUCUCCAACAAUCAGACUUCAGGGACAUUGCAAGGCCUUUACUUAAGGAUUCCAGCAGAAUGGGGCAGGUCUAAAAACCAAUCCUUAGCCUGGAUCAAAGGGAAGCUUCUCAAUAAAAUACAAGGUUGGAAGAGUCUUCUCCUCAACCAAGCUGGCAAGGAGAUACUCAUUAAAUCGGUUCUUCAAGCAAUUCCCACUUACUCUAUGUCUCUCCUUAAGUUCCCCAAAGGCUUCUGCAUUGACAUAUGUGCAAAAGUGGCUAAUUUUUGGUGGAGGACAAAGCAUGACAAAGGAAUUCAUUGGAGAAAAUGGGACAUCUUGACUCUAAACAAAAAAGAAGGAGGCAUGGGCUUUAAGGACUUUGAAAUCUUAAAUCAGGCUCUCCUAGCAAAGCAGGCUUGGAGAAUGAUCCAACAACCAAACUCCCUCUGGGCUCAAAUCCUAAAGAGUAUCUACUUUCCUAAUACCUCUCUUCACCAAGCAAAACGAGGGAGAGCUUCUUCUUGGGCCUGGACCAGCAUCCUUCAUGGUAGGGAUGCCCUCUUGAGAGAAGGAAGAUGGCUAGUGGGGAAUAGAAAGUCCAUAAACAUGCUGUCUCAUAACUGGUUAGCAUCGGGUGAAGCCCUACUCAGUGACACCUUGCAUGAGGGAACCGCAGUUAGUGCCAUUCUUGAUGGGGAAAACCACCAUUGGGACAUCCCCAAAAUCAGGGAUCUCCUUCCCCCUGUAGACUUAGGGAAAAUCCUCCAAACUCCAGUCAAGUUGAUAGAGGGUGAGGAUGAGAUAAUUUGGCCUUAUAGAGAAUCUGGGAUCUACACAGUGAAAUCCGGGUACAGACAGAUCAAGAAGAAAUCCAUCUCAACUGCUCCCAACCCUUCAACCUCCUCCCCUCCAUUAACACACCUAUGGAACAAAAUAUGGUCUGCAACUCUGCCCCAAAAAAUUAAAAUGUUUCUUUGGAAGCUCAGCCAGAAUGCAAUUGCAGUCAAAGAGAACCUCUGGAGAAGGAAAAUUUCAAGUGAUUUUAGCUGUCCUAUCUGUGACCAUGAGGAAGAAUCAAACUACCCACACUUUCCUCCGUUGUGA